UAAUUUAAAAAGCUUAAACAAUUCUACAUUGUGAUAUUUUUUUAUGAAUACAUUGUAUACAUCACAGUAGUAUUCAAAACUAAAACUCUAUAAAACGCAAUAAACAUUUUCCCUUUUUCCUCAGUUUUGUCAAAAUAACUGAAAAAAGAUGAAGAGCCUGUGCUUGAUUCUUGCAAUUGCCUUACUUUCUUUUGCGGCAGCUAAUGAUCAUAAGGAAAUUUGGCAGAACGCUUUAUGCAAAUUGGACGAAGAGCUCUUGGAUGGUACUGAAAAGUGCUUUGUGUUGGAAGCCGAAGAAAUUCAAACUGCUGCAAAAGAAUGCAUGACGACACUUUCUCCAUCCUCCAGUGACGACAUAAAGCAAUUCACUAAAGAAGCUUGCGAAGAUAGAGCUAUCUUUGACAAAUUGGAAGAAUGUAUUGACGGCAAGGGUUUUAAAGAUGACAAAGAAAAUAAACCAGACGAAGCAAUCACUUGCUAUCAAGAAUUAUUCAAGAAGCAUGGCUUAACCGAAAUGGAAGAUUUAUUCAUGAGGAAGUAAUUAUAAAGAAAACUGUACGAAUUGCAGCGUUUGAAAAUGCAGCUGUUUACCUUGUUUUUGCGGUCUCUGUAUCGAAAUGUGCUUGCUUGAAUAAAACUUUAUUUACAUAAUAAAAAAUCCUUAAUUAUUA